AUGGCGGCUCUCAGUGGCCACAAGAGGACGUUGCCGUUACUUGUGUUUGUUUUCGUUCAACUGUGCGUGUGCGCGCCGGACGACGAGUCCAGCGGGACGACCGCGCCCAUGCUGCCCGAAACCACCACCAUGCUGCUCGGCUCAACGACGUUCGAGAUCACCGAGAUGACGGUGGAGGAAGUGCCGACCGGGAGCACGGCGAGCGACGUCACAACGACGGCGAUGACUACGACGGAGAGGACGAGCUCCACCACGGCCGAGGUUACGGAGGCGUCAACUGAAGAGGUGACCGAAGGGAGCGGAACCACAGAGACGGUCAGCAGCUCUUCCUCCGCAACGACGGCACUGUCGACGCUGUCGGACGACGGGCCGUCCCAAACGACAACACCCAUGUCGACACGGAGGGCCACCCUAGAGGUGAGCCUCGGAGACACGGACCCACCGGGACUGCUGCUUCCGUUCCCGCUGCCGCCACCUAAUCGAACAGAACCGUGGUUCAAGAACCAAGCUCGUCCUCGCCCUUCCUUCGCAGCCGACAGCCGGCUGGUGCACCAGGGCGUGUGCGACUACUGCUUGUUCGACGGAGAGGGCAACUUCACCAGCUACGGCUACCCGCUCGACUACCCUCCGCUGCUUGAGUGCACUUACCGCGUCAAGCGGGUGGGCGGGGCCUGUUCGCUGCAGGUGCACUUCCACGACUUCGACCUGGAAGAGUCGCCCGGGUGUCGCAACGACUACCUGGCCGUCGCCGACAAGAGGUUCUGCGGACGGCGGCGAUACCGUGGCCACACAGGUACGCGACAAAUACGCCGCCGGUACGAUCAGCGUGAGAGGCGCCGUGACAUUUCGAUCUUUCAAGAGAAGCGCCAAAUUGUGGACUUCCCUAAGGACAGAGACGAGGUGACGUUUUACCUGCACACCAAUCCGCUCGUCUCGGGCAAGGGUUUCUGGAUCGAGGUCACCCGGCGGCCCGGUUUCUGUGACACACGCAAGAAUGUGGUGGGGCCAUGCGAGGAGCGCCACUCGCAGGAGGAGUUCCAGCUGUGGAGCCCGGGCUUCCCGGAGUCGUACGCGAGCAACCAGAAGUGCUGGUACUACAUCCGCCGGGCCACGGACGCCGUGUGCGGCCUCGAGCUCACCUUCCUGCACUUCGAGCUGGAGCAGAGCGACAGCUGCAUCUACGACUACCUCGACGUGGACGGACAGAAGCUGUGCGGAUCCAUAACGCCGGGCGCCGUCCGCGUGUUCAUGUUCAACCGUGACCAACUCCUGAUGCACUUCAGUAGCGACAGCCAGAACAACAAACGCGGCUUCCACAUCAAGGCCCGCCAGAUUACCGCAUGCUACCCGGGGAGCGUGCUUCCACCGCCUCCGCUGUGCGACAUGUGCACGGACCGGCUGAGCGAUGACAUCACGAGCUACGGGUUCCCGACCGCCUACCGAGGCAACAUGCUGUGCCGCGUGACCAUCAGCCGGCCCUCGGACGCCUUCUGCGCGGUCGAGAUGCACUUCCGCGAGUUCGACGUCGAGAAGUCGUCGCGCUGCGACAGGGACUUCCUGCAGAUUGACCGGGACCGUUACUGCGGCACCAUGCUCAAGGGACAGCGCAAGCGCAUGGUGUACGACACGGAGGGCAACGCCGUGAUGGUGUUCAAGACGGACGAGUCCGUGUCCGGCAAGGGCUUCCACGUGCGCUUCCACCAGGUACCCUGCGGAGCGGCGCAUCGGGACCCAGUCGCCACGGCAGCCACGACCACGACGGCGGCCAGCGGUAGUAAGUGUAUAUACAGUGCACAAUAUACUCUCCAAUACGUGUUCUUCCUGCCGCCGGGUCCCCCCAAGGAGGCGCUUCGCUGCGACCAGCGCUUCGACAGGCAGCGUGAGUUCUACGUGCAGAGUCCCAACUACCCGUCACACUACCUGGACAACCAGGACUGCCGGUACGUGAUCACCAAGGCCGGAGAGGGCGUAUGCCACCUGGAGCUCGUGUUCGCCUCCUUCGACAUCGAGUCGUCGCCGGGAUGUCAGUACGACUACCUCGAGUUCGGCGGACAACGACACUGCGGUUCGCUGCCUGCAGACCAUUCCUACGUGAUCCCGUUCCUGGGAAGUGACAUGGUGCUGCACUUCCACUCGAACGUAGCCACCACGCAACGAGGUUUCUCAGUGCGUGCCCGUCAGAUCAAGUGUGCGCUGGGCACAUCGCCGGCGCCCCCGCCUCCAUCGCAGCUACCGGGGCCGCCGGGGUCCUCGCACCCGGACUAUGGCGCUGAGGAUGGCAAGUCGCAGGGCGUCAUCGUGACCACCACGACGCCUGUGCGCAUCACGACGCCGUAUCGUCCCGGUACCGUCAGCAGCACAACGGGGCAACCGUAUAUCACGCGUCGCUCGUGCGACGUCUACAUGGACAAGAUGGAGUUCGAGCUGGAGAGUGCCAACUACCCCGGCGACUACGAGGACGGCACGGAUUGCGUGUACACGGUUCGGCGCGCUCACGGCAACAUAUGCCAGAUGGAGAUCACCUUCCUGGACUUCCAGCUGCAGCCGUCGGACUCUUGCCAGGGUGACUACUUGGCCAUCGACGGCACCCGUGUGUGCGGAACCGUGGUGCCCGGGACCGUCCGCUUGAUGGACUUCCGGGAGCCGCAGAAGGUUAUGCGCUUCCACACGGACGACUCGCAGAGCGACCGCGGCUUUCACAUCGCCGUCCGGCAGAACGAGUGCGACGAGCCGGCCUCAACACCCGGAGGGGGCGGAGUUCCCGCGGGCGACGAGGAGGGCGAAUGCGACGAGACCAUCCACAAACCAGAGGCCAUGCUGCUCAGCGCCAACUACCCGGCAAACUACGGCAACAACCUCGACUGCAGGUAUACGGUGCGCAAGAUGAGCUCCUCAGUGUGCCGCCUUGAGAUGAACUUCGAGCGCUUUGACGUGGAGUCCAGCACCGACUGCGAGUACGACUACCUGGACGUUGACGGACAGCGUCUAUGCGGGAUCUUCUCCCGCAACACAUCCGGCAUGUACGACUUCGAGGAGAACGAGAAGCAGCUGCACUUUCACUCGGAUGCGGCGAACUCUCGACCAGGUUUCCGCAUUCGGCUGCGCCAGGUCGAGUGCGUGGACGAAGACGAGGCACAGUCGCCACGGCCGCCGCCCUUCAGGCCCCUGCAGGGGGGCUUCACUACCUCGACCCUGGGCGUUGGAGGUGAUGGCCAACACCGGGAGCACCACAAGUGCGACAAGAUUCUGACCAACCGGCUGUUCGACGUGCGCAGCCCAAACUACCCGGGAGGAUACCCGCCCAAUCUGGACUGCAAGUACAUAGUCUUUCAGGCUUCGCGCGACAUCUGCAGCGUGGAGUUCACCUUCAUCGACUUCGACGUAGACAAGGACAACGAGUGUUUCUCGGACUUCCUCGAGAUCGACGGGGAGCGCGUGUGCGGUGUCCUGCCUCCAGGCUCCAAGAGGUUGGUGCAUUUCAGCAGCUCGCAGAUGGUGUUCCGCUUCCGGUCCGACCAAGGCGGAAGCCGGCCUGGCUUUCACAUCAAGGCUCGCCAGGUUGAGUGUGGCUCGCGACUGCCACCGGUUACGGGACUCGAGAAAGCUCCGGCCCUGGGAGUACCGUGCAUGUACGAGUUCUGUGACCAGAGUGGCGUAUUCUACAGCCAGGGAUUUCCGGGUCCUUACCCUAACCAGAUGUCUUGCACUUAUCGCGUCAUCGCCGCGGCUCCCGACAGGUGCAGGGUGGAGCUGUCGUUCAUCCAGUUCAACCUGCACUCAAACAACCGCCCGGACGGCCAGUGUGGCGCCGACUUCAUGGAGAUCAACGGCGUCCGCUACUGCAAUCGCCAGUUAGAGGGACAGAUACGCAUCUUGGACUUUAAGGGUCCCCGCCGUAGCGUGACAAUGCAUUUCAUAUCCAAUGACCACGAUGCCGGGAAAGGAUUCCUCGGCUUCUACAAACAACUCGGCUGUCCCACGGGAGAAGGAGGUGACGGCCGACCCCCGACGUCCCUGGGUGGAGGACCACCCGAGCUGUACCAUCCGAAGCCGUAUCCGCAUCCGUCCGAUUCUUUGGAUGUCGCCACCAAGCGCCAGCAGCAUCAGCACCAGCCACCCAGCUGCGACCGGCUGUACGCGCUGGAGGAGUUCGAGCUGGAGAGCCCCGGCUACCCGGGCCCUUACCGGCCGGGACUCGACUGCCGGUACUUCAUCCGGCGACACAGCGACGCCGUGUGCGCGCUGCUGGUCACAUUCGACGCCUUCGAUCUGGAGUACAGCGCCGGCUGCCACCACGAUUACCUGGAGCUGGCCGGCCACAAGAUAUGCGGACAGGUGCCCGCCGGAAAGACCAAGCAAUUGCCACUGCGAGACUUCCAGACCGCGUUCCGGUUCCACUCGAACGAGGCCAUCGAGAACCGAGGAUUCAUGCUUCGUGUGCGCCAGGUGGCCUGCGGUGACGACGGUGGCUCGCUGUUCGACCGGGGCUCGUCCCCGCCCCAGUACCCGCACCACCCAGCACUCGGCGCCGGGGCCCCGCCGCCGGCUGGCGGACACCCCCUGGGUCCGGCCAUGUUCGUGCCGUCCGGGGACCCAACAUUCUACCCACCCUCUAGAGGACUUCCAGGCGGUGCGCCUCCGCCGGCUCUGGGACCACCCGCGCUAGGCGGCGCUCCACUGGGACCCCCGUCAUACCCGCUGCCUUCUCCGCCUUCACCACACGGCGGCGGGCCAGGUCGAGGCCAGUGCGACCGAGCCCUGAACGAGCCUUACUUCGAGCUUCGCAGUGCAGACCUGGGGAUGGGGGACCUUGACUGCAGGUUCAUAGUGCGUCGACGGGGCGCCGACCAGUGCCGUCUGGAGUUGCUGUUCGUGCGCUUCGAUGUGGACUGCAGCCAGGACCAGUUCCGCGUGCAAGACGUCCAGAUAUGCGGCAGACUGGAUCACUACUCCACGCGCACCUACGACUUCGAAGGACCCGAAUUGUAUCUGUACUACCACACCCGAUCGGGCGGCCGUGGCUCCGACUUCCUCAUCAAGGGACGGCAGAAGGGAUGCGCGGAAGCCAGAAGCGGAGCACCACCUGCUUCUCUUGCUGGUGGACCGCUUGGUCCACCUGUGCCUGGGCGCGACAUCAGUCACCCUCGUCACCAGGGACCGCCGUCUUAUCCACCGCCUUCGCCACCCGUAGGUUACCCGCCGCCACCGUCUGUGCCUGGCCCUCCUCCCUCUGGUGGCUCGGGUCGAGACCCGCAUGCCCUGCCGCCCCGUUACCACCCCCAGCCGCCCUCCCAUGCAGUCGGAGGCACGGGCGGCUACCCACCGUCGGCACACUAUCCGCCACCCUCUUCGCAAACCUCGGGCCCGGGUGGGCACCCUCCCGGUGCACCCUACGGGCCACCAUCGCACUACCCGGCGCCAGCGCCACCGUCGCAUUACGCGCCGCCGCAGCAGGCACCCGCACCGUAUUACCCUCCGCAACAGCCACCGCCUGGUGGGCUUCACGAGCCCCACGGUGGAUACCGGCCCGACCACCACAGUGGCGGGGGCCAUUAUGGACACCCCCCGGCGCACCACGGGCCCCCGGUCCACCGUCCGCCACAAGGGCCUCCGCCGUCUGGUAUGCCGUGGUCUCCACCGUCGUCCGGGAGACCCGAAUGGAGCCCGCGAGACACCGGACCCGGUUCUCGGCCAGCGGGCUACCCUCCGGCGCCACCGCACGGCGCACCUCCUGGGACGGGAGGGGCAGCGCCGUACCCUAGACCGGGCCCAGGCCAGGGUCCCGCGCGGCCCGCUGGAGACUGCGACCAGACGUUCACGGCGCUCGAGAUGACGGUGCAGAGCCCAAACUUCCCGGGUCCUUACCCGGCGCGCACCAUCUGCCGCUACGUGGUGCGCCGCUACGACAGCGCCACGUGCGCCCUCGAGGUGCUCUUCACCCGCUUCGACAUGGAGCACAACCCGGACUGCCAGUACGAGCACCUCGAAGUUGACGGCCGCAAGCUGUGCGGCACGCUGCCCGAGAACAGCGUCCAGAAGUUUUCCUUCUACCAACCCGAAACGGAGAAAGUGCUCGUGUUCCGCUCUGACCAGGGCAGCCCUCGCCAGGGCUUCUCCAUCCGCAUCCGCCAGGUCACUGACUGCGCCGGCGCCUCGUCUUGGAUGCCCGGACAGGACAAAGUGCCCCCCGUGCCGCCAAACCCUCUGUGCGACUACUGCCAGCGAGAGCCCCGUGGCCAGCUGUCUAGUCCAAACUACCCGCAACCGUACGGACCCAACGCGCGCUGCACGUACCGGCUGGAGCCCGUGCCGGGCCACUGCCACGUGGAGAUGUACUUUCACCACUUCGACGUCGAGAGCUCGCCAGGCUGCAUGAAGGACUACCUCGAGGUGGACAAGACGCAACGCCACUGUGGCAACGACCUCAACAAGGCCAUCCGCAAGUUUCCCUUCCCGGACGGCCCUUCCCCCGAGAUCCGGAUCCUAUUCAUGACUGACGGCUACGGUGGCGGCAAGGGGUUCCAUCUCGAAUACAGGCAGCUGCCGUGCAAGUCGGGGCAGCCUGCGAACGGCGACGGAGGACACAAUGGUCAGGGCCCAGGUCCCGGUGAUGGAGAUGGGGGCAACGGUAGCCCGGUGGGCACGUCCGCCGUGGCCAGCUCGGACCGGAAGCUCCACUGGGUCAAAGGCUUCCGCGAGAAGCCCGGCCUCGUCACAGCCAGCAUAUUCGUCGAGAACCGCGGCAAUGCCACGACGAGCAACAGGUUCCACCGAGAUAAUAAGAAGGCGUCCUGAGCGCCACCGUCUAGCUGAUGCGCGAAACAAUUAACCUCGCCGAAAACUGUUCGGUUCGUUCCAGAUGAAAUUCGUGUGGGUGCCGCCAUCUCUCUGGUCUGGUACGCUCUGAUAUUGUCUCGUGAGUGUACCCAGUCGUCGGGUUCAUCCACUAGAAGUAAGCGGGGCAGCGUUCGGCUAGGCUGAAUACCACUGUGUAACUGCGCCUGCUACCUUUGCUGGCUGUGUCCUUGAGACAUUCUCAUAGCCGCCACUCGUCUUUCGCGCAAUGCCACGCACUUACUGGAGAGCUUAAGUCCCAUCGUAUACGUUGAGUAAGCACGUUUGUGUUGGCGUGGUGUGGUCUGAUGCAUGCUUGGUAAUAAUUACAUUUAUCAGAAUCGAAAUUUUUCGCAGCCUGUCUCAUGCUUCGCACAGUGGACGAACAAGACGACUUUCCCCUUGAUAUGCUCCUGAUGGCACAAUAUCUUCAAGCGACCAUCAUUAUCUAAGCGAAGAUUUAGCGUGUAGGCGCCAGCGAAUGAGAAACCCGUUGUCCUAGUUUCGCCUGACUUAUACCGCUACAAAAAUCCCGAAGCAUGACGACGUCGCACUUGGAUUAACACAACGUUUGAGGGGGCGGGCAAAUUCUUGAACUAUUUACCUUAGCAAUUCAACGAAAAGGGAAAAUCAGUUUGAUGUGCCCGAACGACGACACACUGAUUGCUUUUGAGGUGCCAGUUGCAAUCCUCAAACGCUACUAAGCAGAGAAGUACACGGUGGACUAGUUAGUGGAUGUGUUGAUUCAUAAAGGCCGAUAAAACCCUCUAUAUAAUGUCCAGUUCAAACGACUUUUUACGCUGCGAUUCACCUGAGGCUUUUAUUUACGUCGUAUAUGGCGGUAAGAUAGACAGAUGUGUCUGUAGGUCCGAAUGCAUCAACGUGUUUGUCUAAUGUCAUCAAGACGUUAGUGUUGCGCCUGGUGGCACUCUCUGGAGAAUGGCAUUUGCAAGCGCCCCCCCCCCCCCCCGCCAAAUGUACCUUACUGGCUCUUACAUAUUUAAACUAAAUCUUGUCCAUGCUGGUCACACAGCAAUUUUUCUAAGCUUGAAACCAUAUAAAAUAAUUCUCCACAUUACGUCCUAUCGCCGGUGAUCACUCACCAACGGAGAUCCUGGGCAUGCCACGUGCCUACUACAGGGCAUCUUUCUUUGCACUCGCGAUUUUGGCAACACCUGCAGCCUAUUUACGUAGCUCAUGUAGGUUAUUGAUUGCGUGUGCUUUGUGUGAAUGUCCCUCACAAUGCCGUGAUGCCUAUGCACACCUUCAAUAAUAUUUGCAGCAUGUAGCUAUGUAGCUUGCAACAGGAGCCUACAUUUAUGCUCCACGAGGUAAUUAACUAACAGUCGGACAGGGUCAGACGUCUUAAAAUGAGAAUUUGAUUGUUUAAUGGUAGCAAUAUGCAAUCUCAAAUACAGCGCGAGCGUUGUUCUUCCGGGACGAACCUGGUUAUGCAGCGCGGUAUGCUUAAAACGUGAACGGGUUUUAUGUUAGGCUUACAACACCGUUAGUUAAUCACCUUGUGGAGCAUAAACUUAGACCAGUAAUCCGCUGAAGCAAGAGCCUGCAGCCUGCUAAAGGAGGCGCGUUUUGCUACUGUGUAACAGCAGCCAGCCGUCCUCGCCAUAAAUUCACGCAGGGCACACUGGUGCCGCUUGAAUUUCUGGCACCAGUCGCGCGUGGUGCCAUUGCAAUCAGUUUAUCAGGACACGUUACCACCAAGAAAAAAUAUACAAGAAGCCAUGGUGUUGCCAAUGUUGUGUGUGUGUUAAAAGAAAGCAAUAAUGAAUUCAGUUGUGUUUCCGGUGACGCGAACGACUCGCUGGCUACGAACCACCCCGUCACAAAGCAACUUAGUCGAGUGGUUGGUUCAUUGCCUGUAGAUUCUGCGGCGGCAGUCCCAGCUGCGUACUGCUGCUGCGUGAGCUUCAAGAGUGUGAUAGACAGUCUGAUAGGCAAGACAACUCUUGUCUUAUUUGGAUCUGUAUUCCCAAAUGACCAAAGCCAUGGGUGAGACACUUUCUACAUCGAGUUUGCUAUCUUCCCGGGGUAAUGAGCGCGUCUCGCAUGUACUGUUGUAUAAAUAAGUAAUGCUCUCUGAAUGUAGUUGUUACCGAACGCGCUCCGCACUUCUAUGGACGCGGCGGAAUUAUGCACGUUAUGUGCUUCAUAGCGCUAUUUUCGCGGUUGUAUAGUUAUGUUAACGUUGGAACUACACAAAACAUCUACUCAUUAAAAAGGCGUGCAAUGUACAAAUUUGGCGCGGCAAUGUUGGCCCCAUCUAUUGUGUUUUUUUCUUCGAUCUAGUUCCGUUUUUUUUCCUGAGUACCUGGUAUACUUAAUGUUUAUAUUUCAUGAGUGAGUGAAUAUGACAUGAAUGGAGCAGUUUCCACAGCACACCACCGCCGUAUUCCCAAAUAGUACCGACGUUCUGUGGCUUUGUACCUGGUGAAGUGUGUGUCUGUACCAGUUUUCGUAAUAGUUACUUUCUGUUUCCCUCCAGCACACAUUCCCACUUAGUUUUAAAAAUCCGUAGGGAUUAUAUAGAUCUGCCAUUACAGUAAGUGUAAUUGUAAGCAAUGCGCUACACAACGGUAUUCUUAUCUUUCUCUGUAACAAUAUUAACUAUUACACAGCAAGAAAUAAUUCUUUCUAUACUAGAAUACAUACUCACUUGACUCGUAGCCAAGGCUUCCACUAGCUGUAUCUUCGUAUUUUGUCUUUCCUGCGCACCUUUUACUCCGACAUCCACACGCCCAAAUGAACCAUGCCUCUUAAUUCAUGCACACUACUUGUGCGGCACAACCAUAUUUGAUAGUGGCAAAGUAUUAGCGUUGUGGUUAUUCCCACUUUGCUGUGAGACGCUAACAACAUAGACUGCCGCAUAUGGUAAACUUUGCUUCUUUGUCGAUAUUACCGACAGUGCCGCAGGGAAAAAAAAAAUCCGUUUUGGCCAGUUAUUUAUUGUGUACUUUAGGCCCAGCACCUUUAUUCUUAUACCUGACAAAAUCGCACGACAUUGGUGAAGCACUUGUUCACAAACCGGUUCGGUGCAGAAAUGACAGGGUUUAGAAGCCUCUUUCGAUCCUGGCCGAUUUAGGUGUAACGAGUAAUGAUGAAACAUAGAUUUAAACAACCGCAAACGCAGUGGCAUCCUUUAUAGCUGAUAUUUUUAGGCAUGCAGAAAGAGGCGUCUUUCGAAAUAGUGUAUAUCAUUGUUUCGUAUUUCCUGGGUGGAUUGGCCGCUGUUACCGUUGAGCCGUGGUGUGACUUGUUAAAAAAAAUGGUCUGCUGUACGUGGCGCGAUGUCGCUCAUUACUGUGAACGAAUUCAUUGUCUGUGACAUCAAAUUCACUGCAAUAAAAAUGCCUUAUCGAGAGCUG